UGUACUGCAUCAGGUUGUUGAAUGUUGAUCGAGGGAAUGUUUGUGUAGAAGUAUGAGAUGUCCUGACGAAGUCUGGAAAUUGCAUCUAUCCUGAUUGCGCGUUAAGACGCCAGGAUAACACAACACAGAAAUACAUGAAAGUUUAAUUAGAUCCAAUUCUGAAUACAAAAUGGCUUCAGGGGGAGGGAAUUCCAAUGGAAAAGGAAACGAUAAGCGUCUUGAAGAACACACAGUUGAGAGCCUGGCGGAGGUGUUCCGAUGUUUCAUCUGCAUGGAAAAGCUGCGGGAUGCCCGCCUCUGUCCCCACUGCUCCAAGCUGUGCUGCUUCUCCUGUAUCAGGAGAUGGCUGACGGAGCAAAGGUCUCAGUGCCCCCACUGCAGAGCAUCGUUGCACCUCCAUGAGCUGGUCAACUGCCGGUGGGCGGAGGAGGUGACCCAGCAGCUGGACACCUUGCAGCACUGUGCCCCGCCCCCUCGCACAGACAACGUGGAGAAGGAUCACUGUGAAGAGCACCAGGAGAAGGUGACCGUCUACUGCUGGACGUGCAAGAUCUGUAUCUGCCAUCAGUGUGCCCUCUGGGGAGGGACGCACUCCGGUCACACGUUCAAGCCGCUGGACUCCGUGUACGAGGAGCAUGUCAAGAAGAUCACGAUGGACAUGACCCAGCUGAGACGGAAGCACGUGGAACUCAUCAGCCUUGUACAGGAUGUGGAGCGGAACAUCGAGAGUGUGAAGAACGCCAAAGACGAGAGAGUGAGGGAGAUCCGCAAUGCCGUGGAGCUGAUGAUCGCCAGGCUGGAGUCCCAGCUGAAGAGCAAGCUGAUGACACUUAUGGGUCAGAGGAACCAGCUGUCCCAGGAGACAGAGAUGCUGGAGUCGGUCAUCCAGAAGGUCAACCACAAGCUCACCAUUAGCAGCAAGAGUGAACUCAUCCUGGAGACGAAGGAGUUGCUGGAGCUCUUCCGUCACGUCCAUCGCCGGCCCAUGGGGUCCUUCGUCACUGCCCCUGUACCUGCAGACUUCACCAGUGAGAUUGUCCCCCAGUACGACACCAGCACAUUUGCCAUGAAGAACUUCAGCGUGUUGCGACAGCGAGCUGACCCCUUCUACAGCCCCCCUCUCAAUGUGUCGGGGCUCAGCUGGAGGCUCAAGGUCUAUCCGGAUGGAAAUGGUGUGGUGAGAGGGAACUACCUGUCUGUCUUUCUGGAGCUGUCUGCUGGCCUCCCGGAAACAUCCAAAUACGAGUACAGAGUGGAGAUGGUGCACCAGGCCUCUCGAGACUCCAGCAAGAACAUUGUACGAGAGUUUGCUUCUGACUUUGAAGUUGGAGAGUGCUGGGGCUACAACCGAUUCUUCCGUCUUGACCUGCUGGCCAGUGAGGGUUACCUCGACACGGAGAACGACACUCUCAUCCUCCGCUUCCAGGUCCGACCUCCGACCUUCUACCAGAAGAGCAGAGACCAGCAGUGGUACAUCAGUCAGCUGGAGGUGGCCGGGUCCCAGUACAUACAGCAGAUCAACGACCUCAAGGAGACUACUGUCAUGUCCUCAACCAAAGAUAUGGGCCCCUUUUUUCAGCGACUCCUGUUGGAAAUGUCGAGAAACUCCACUGGGAAGAAAACUGGCAAUGCAGAGUCUCCCCUGAUGAUCUCCCAGUCUGACAGUCCCCUCCCCCACCACCCGGUGCUCCACCCCAAGCCACGACACCCCCGCCCCACCGCGGAGAUGGAUGUGGAGCAGACCGACCUGGAACACGAGGAGGAGUCCGACACAGACUCCACAGAGUCUAAUGAGGGACUGAGUGAAGGUGAUAUUGAUGAUCUGGAUGACAUCCACGAAGAAAGUGAGGCUGACGGGGGCCAGGAGAUAGCUGUUGACAACAGCAACGAUGAGAACGACAUCGACGAGGAAACCAUGUCUGUUGACAAUGAUGUUGAAAUCUGGGAGGAGAAUGACCUUGACCGCCUCGGCGCCUCCGCCGCUGUCCUCAAGUGUACAAACAACCUGUCUGGACCGGACAAGAAACAAGAUGAUGAAGCAGUAUUACUACAGUUUUUAGAAAGCCACACAACAGACUUGGACAGAUGGGGCCUGUCCUCCAUGUCUGCAUCAGGGAGUUCAGAUGGACUAGCAGACAGCCCCCGGUCAGUGCAGAGCCUCCUGGAGGGAAUCCAGGCCGAGUGGAACCUGACCAAUCUGGCCAAGGAUGAGAACAAGAACAAGGGCAGCCGUAAGGACAAGCAGCCCUUGCUGAGGGACUCCACCCCCACCACGGACGACAUGCUGGAGCACAUCCACGCCCGGUUCUCCGAGCUCGCCGCCACCACCAUGGCCGUCGCCAACUCCGCUGUCACCAGUGAAACAGAAGCCAAGAAAUACAGAUCAGCCAAGAAGAGCAAGAACCCAUUGAAUGCUAUUGUGCAGCCACUGCGGAACUCCUUGGACGAGAAGACUGUGUCCCGGCCGGACUGUGGGAGCAGCGUCUCUGACAAGAAGGAGAAGAAGGAAGACUCCCGCGUGGGUUCAGCCGUAGAUCUCACCACCCCUGCCGUCACCCACGAUGAGCCCCUGUCGCUGAAUCUGGCCGACUUCACCCUGGAAGAGAGUAACCUGCCUGACCUGUCUCUCUGCCUCGACCGAACUGGAGCCGCAAACACACGACCCAGUAAACCCGAGGCUGAGAAGGGGGACAAGAGGAAGACAGCGCCAAUCAAGGGGAUCUCGAGUACCAAAGACACAGUGUCCAGUCACAACUGGUCCUUCAACUACCUGAAGAGUAAGAUGGAGAAGAUGGACAACUCCGCCACCUCGCCGGACGACAAUACUCCGGACCAUCUAGACGGAGCCAGCAACUCUGGUCGCACCUCACCCAACGGGAACUCAUCCGGGGGAGUAGGGCCACAAGUAGAGUUUAGUACACAGAACGUCAGCAAAGACAGACCCGAACCCCCCGACGACCCCUCCGUUGUAUGAUGUCAGCCUUGGGUGUAACUCCUACAUCCCUGACGCUGUCGCUACAUACAGCAUGUGCCAUCUCGAACAACAUCGCUACAGUGGACCACAUCAGUGGGCUGUAUCUUGUUUCCAUUGUGAUUGGGACGAAACUCCAAGUUCCUUCAGGGAGCACAGACUUUGAAUGACCUUGAAUAAUUAGUUCAGUUUAUUCUGUCUGCCACCUUGUAAAUACAGUGCUACCCAGCUUAGCAUGAAGAAGCAUUAGCAGAUAUAAUGAUUCACUGACAUAUCAACCUCUGGUUUUGUCAAGGUCAUCUUUAUGAAAACAAAAUAUUAAAUUAAGCUGGUAGCAUUUUUUGUGACAUACAAAUAAAGUAUGACAACACCAAAAUAUAGGGGGAAAUUUACUAGAAAAGAUUGAAUACCUUUAAAAAGACUUGCCAUCGCCUACAUCUGUAUUAUGAGUUGAUGUUAUGGAUGAUUUAUUGUGUAAAAUUUAGAGGACGAGUGACGGUACAUUCAAGGAACAUAACUGCCAAAAAAAAAAAAGUUUUCAUACAGCAGUUCUGUUAUGUCCCGAUAACGUAGCGUCAUGAGUUAUCUACUUAGGGUAUGAAUAUCUUGCAUUACACCCACUAUAUUCCCAGUGUACUCUCAGUAUGUUCAUCAUAUAUAUAUAUUCUGUGUUAUGAAAUGGGGAAGCCUCAUUGGCCAUUAUCGUUAACAUACAGGGUUGUAUACUUUGUGCUGGACUGUUACAUAUAAUAUACAAUGACAGUGAAGUUAGGAAACAAUUAUUCCACAAUCCCAUUCCAUUAUAUACUACACAAAAGAAGUUCAGGAUCACCCGAUUCUUUCAUAUUACUAUACCGUAGUUAAUUUCUCUGGUAUGACAGAUUAGCCAUUAUAACAUGAAAGAAUCGCGUGGUCCUUAACUUCUUAGGAACACUUCUUAGGAAUACUUCUGAGGAAUACUUCUUAGGAAUACUUCUUAAUAUGUAUAAGCAUGAUAAUGCUUGGAAUAUCUCAGAAAAUCACAUGCCUAUUAAGGAAAACACUAUUAUUUUUGUCAAGCUCGGAAAAGCACUGAGUUUCUGUAAAAAAUGGUCCCUUAGCAUUUACAUAUCUAUUCUGAUCUUUCCCCUAAAGUGAAGAGAAUAUUUUAGAAAUCUCUUCUCUGAGAAGUUAUAUCUUAUAAACUCAUCUCUUUGAAGUCAGGGCCCUGUGAUACAAUGUGAUCGUAGCGCUAAGAUAAUCGUAACUCCAAUACUUUAUCAUAGGUUUAUGUAUGAGUCGUAGCGCUAAGUCGCUUUGUGGAACGAUUAAUGAUUAGGAUUCAUAGAUUUGUUAUUCAGACUUAUUUGUUUUACCUACUUGAGACCUGUUUUGGCCCUACAUAUUUCUUCGCCAGUCAUCAUGACAAGGUUGGUUAUUCCCAUUAUGCCACUAGGAUGCGUUAUGAACAUUUUUUCGGCAGGUUAUUCUUCGUAACGACCCCACAGUUCAAUUCAGGUUUGGCAUUGUUGAGUAAAGCGCAUUGAGUAUCGUGGCUCAUGUGAUAUGGACGCCUCAGGUGAUGUAAAGAAACUCAUCCAUUAUCUUGUGUUCACUCUCAGACUUCCCUGUGCAUAUAACAUAAUUAAAGUACAGUCUAUAGUCUAAGUACCUUGCGUACCAUGAAAAUCAUAUUCAUAUAUAUACAUGUCAGAUUUGGAUAUUGCAUAUGCAUGGGCGCCCACAAAAAGGAAAUAUUCCAAUCCUUUUCCUUUGUAAUAUGACGUGACACCAUAUGAAAUUGGUAUAUGGACAUUUCAGUCUGAAACUCAAGAUCAAGGUAUGAAUUGUAACCCAUGCUUGUCGUAAGAGGCGACUAACGGGAUCGGGUGGUCAGGCUCGCUGACUUGGUUGAUGCAUGUCAUUGUAUCUAAAUUGCAUAGAACGAUGCUCAUAAUGUCAAUCACUGAAUUGUCUGGUCCAGACUGGAUUAUUUACAGACUGAAGUCAUAGCUUGAAUAUUGCUGGGUACAACAUUAAGCAACAAAUAAACAAACAAACAAACAAAUGAAACUGAGGGUAUAUAUAGCCAAUGUAUGGGACCAACAUUCUUGUAGUGUUCACUCUUGUAUUAAUGGUACUCCCACAUCAAACCAUUUCGAUAUUUCUCUCACUUCAAGUAUGUGAUGUGUUCAGUAUUUUUGAAGGGAUGAAAGCGUUGAUUAUACUCACCCAAGUAUAAUCUCCAUAUAAUAAUUACAGUGUAUUGGCAUUAUCAGAGACAUAAUGCUGAUGGGAUUUGGGUAACUUCGCAAGUUACGUCAUUAAGCAGCCAAUCAGUGCCCAGAACACAACAUAUUGCCCAAUCAAAGGGUAGUAUAUCAUAUGGGACCUUUUAGGACAACUGGGAUUUCCAUAUUUUCAAAUUUGGGGAAAACUUGAGAGAAUUUAAAUAGAAAUUCAUUGACAUGGUUUUUAUUUUUCGUAAGUACUUUUUUUUUCUUUUUUUAAAUUUUGAAUUUGAUGUGUGACUAACAUGUGUGAAAGGUUUUUUGAUAGCAUACUUUAUGUUUAGUUUUUAAUUUCAUUUUUACGAAGUAUAAAACUUGUAUGACAAAUGUGGAAAUAGGAAGACAGAGUUUAGCUAUCGUAUAGUGAGUUUGGAAGUUUUGUCCAUACCUGUGUUGUCCAUGGUUAAAGUACCAUGACACCUAAUAUGACUUUUCUGAUUCGAUACCCGAAACUACAAAUAGUAAUGUGUGUCGUUGCAGGUAUUAAUUUAGUUUAUCAGUUUCAUGCUGCAAUUAGACCUGAUUGUCAAAAUGACGGAAUGAUUGACACCUGUCACUCAUCUCAUUCUCCUACAUAGAUCUGUAGCUGCAAUGUCAGAGAGAUGUCAGUUGGUUUUGUUAAGAAUACAAGACUUUCCUCCAGCUUGAAGUUAGCAGGCUGUGAUGAACACUUGUAAAACUCAUCUCACUCACCAAUCUCAUUCAAAUCUGAUCUUACUUCUCGCCACCACUAUUUAAACAAGGAUCUGAACACAUCCCAAUACAGGUCUUGUAAGAACAAACUUUCAUCUGACCAAUCAGGUGUUGCUUACCAGAUCGGGAAAGUGACAGUCGGAAUGUGUUUUCGAAUCACCUCAAGAAGGUUAACACAGGGUGUUCCGAAUCACAAUUACUUUCAAUCGCCAGAAGAAAGAAUUGCCAUAUGAUCUUGGCCAUCUAUUAGACAUUCCAGAAUUUCAUGUGUUUAGGUUUCAAAUUUUUUAUCAAUAUUUUUCAAAGCGUUGU